AAAACGCAAAUGGUCGAACCUGAUCCAACUACUAUUAUCUGGAGAGAUGUUGAAUGGAUCCUUGCGCAACCAGAUGGGCUAAAUUCAAAUAAUGUCCUAAGUUACUUUGAGAUGUCACCAUUUUGGGAUCCGCAGUGCAACAACGCUAGUUUGAAAAUGCAAACGCGUUUUAAUGAUCUAAAAGAUCUCACCGUACUUUUGAA